AUGGCUCUUCAGCUGCUGAAGCUUUCCGUAGUCUCGCGCUUUAGUUACAGAAAUGCUUGGUCUUCAAGCUCCUUCCUUUUGUCUAAUUCCUGCUUCCCUUACAUCCCUGUUCGACGGGAGAGAUCAGAGCACCGUUUUUGCGUUCGGUGCUUCGCUACAAAACCCGAAAAGAUUCAAAUACCCAGAAAGAAGAGAAGGCUGGAUGAAGUGUGCCUAGAUAGGUUCCAGCAGUACAGCAGAACGAUGAUACAAUCUUGGAUUUUGCAGGGGAAAGUGUUUGUCAAUGGCAAGAAAGUGAAUAAAGCUGGCACUCCUGUCUCUGACAAAUCUGUUGUGGAAAUCACUGCUGAGAUUCCCAAAUAUGUAUGUAGAGCAGGAUAUAAACUGGAAGCAGCCCUGGAACAACUCGGGGUCGAUGUUACUGGCAAAGUAGCUCUUGAUUCUGGAUUGUCCACCGGGGGAUUCACGGAUUGCUUGCUUCAACAUGGUGCCUCGUUCGUCUAUGGUGUCGAUGUGGGUUAUGGUCAGGUGGCAGAUAAAAUUAGGCGAGACGAACGUGUUAGUGUGAUAGAAAGAACCAACCUAAGACAUCUACCAGGGCUUCCCCAGAAAGUGGAUAUAGCGACUCUGGAUCUCUCAUUCAUCUCUAUUCUCCUGGUUAUGCCUGCUGUAGUCGGUGUCAUGAAAGAAGAGGCAAGUUUGGUGACCCUAGUUAAGCCUCAAUUUGAAGCUCAUAGGUCGCAGGUGGGAGGUGGAGGGAUUGUAAGAGACCCAAAAGUCCAUCAAGAGGUUCUUGAGAAGAUUAUAAAUGGCGUGGAGAGUUUUGGCUUCAGGAAAAAUGGAUGGAUCGAGUCUCCUAUCAAGGGUGCAGAGGGAAACAUAGAGUUUCUGGUCUACUUCAUUCGAGUGAACGAAAGAAGCAAUCCAGCAGUUGGAACUGGAGAAGAACUCUUAUAG